AUGGCCAAUAGAGGUCGACGCAGUAAGACGAGCAUUCACAGCCGUGUCAGAUGCUGUGCCACCAGACCUCUCCCGAGCCCAGCUUUGCCCACAAAUUUAAAGGCCUACGAAGGAAGAAGCUACGCGGCUGCUGCCGUCAGCUCACUCAUCAACCCUGGGCACACUCCAUGUCAGAUUUGCAUGGUGGACACGCAUGAGGUGUGCAGUUCAUGCGUCCGCUUCGAAGACAGCACCGUGUUGUCUCGGUUAGUUUGCUGGGCUGGCUGGUUGUAA